AACCAUAUCGGAGUAAGCUUCGAGACGGUUUGAAUGACGAAACGCGCGAUUUGCGUUGCGCGUACGCACGUUCCAAUAUAGAAUUCGCGCGAACAUUUUACUAGUCAAUUAAAUUUUUGUGAUUCUGUGGUUAAGUGGUGUGAAAAUAUGAAAGGGUAAUUUAGUGAAUACGAUUAUAACUUUUUAAUAUAACUGUAUUGGGUAUUGAAGUGGAGUUUCUGCUAUCAACAACUUUUUUUAUCAAUCAACAUGAACCAGCAAUGUAAAGUCUGUGGAGAGCCGGCAGCCGGUUUUCAUUUUGGAGCCUUCACUUGCGAGGGAUGCAAGUCGUUCUUCGGGCGGACAUACAACAACCUGUCCUCGAUAUCCGAAUGCAAGAACAAUGGUGAAUGCGUCAUCAAUAAGAAGAACAGGACAGCUUGCAAAGCGUGCAGGUUACGAAAAUGCCUGCUCGUUGGAAUGUCUAAAUCUGGAUCGAGGUACGGAAGGAGGUCGAACUGGUUCAAAAUACAUUGCCUCUUGCAGGAACAGCAACAGCAGCAUAUACAACAAUUACAGACAAAUAAAUCACCGCCUUCAUUUAACACGUCAAUAAAUCCUUCGUUCCUCCCAACAAAUCUUUUGCCGGCGGCGGCUUUAGCUGAAUAUUAUAAAAAUUCCGAGAAGUCAUUUACUGACGACGUAACCCGGCAGAGCGUCUCGCCGUCUGACUCCGGUGCAUCGUCAGCUGAUCCAGAAGAUGAUAACAGUUCUAGAAGCACUAGUGGUUUAAGUAUAUUCCGAUCUGCGUCAUCGCCAAGCAGUGAUAAGGACAUUCGUUUACACGCUAUUAGACAUCAAAAUAAAGAUGUAAAAAGGAAAAAGCCGUCCAUGGCUCCCUUUGGGUUAUCUCAUCAGAUGACUCCGACGCCUAGUUUUACUCCUCGUAGUGUCGCCUUCAUGCCAUCUCCAAUGCCACAAAUGCGACAAAUUCCAGCAAUGAGUUGGCAAGGUCGCAAUGGAGGUGACCUACUACUACAUUCCCCUGCCGUCGCUGGGAUAGCUGUGGAGCAAGAUCAACCUAUCGAUCUAUCAAUCAAGUCUACCGCUGUAUUGUUUAAUGACGCUAGCGAUUCCGAGCCUGAGCUUAGUAUUGACUUGAACUCAGACAGUAGCAAAGAUAUCAUGAAAAAUCCCCUGGACUUAAGUCUAGGACGGACGGAAGAAGUGCCAAUGACAGGGUAAUGUUGAUUUAAUCAUUCCAGACACGUUGAUUUAAAUGUAAAUACCUUAGAUCUGUAUAAAUUAAUUAAGAAAUUACUCUGCCAUACAGUAUUUAAGAAUCCGGACAUUCCUUCUUUGUAGAGUAUUUAAAUUUUAAUUAUUUUUAUUUUAUUUAGAUAAUAGUUGAAGAAACAAUGAGGUAGUGAUAUCGAAUGCCAUGUUUUAAUGUAAGUCGUAUUGACUUUUAAUGUGUGUUUAAGAGUAAAAUAAUAAAGGUUUUUUUUCGAAAAAGUUGGCUGCGUUGCUUUUAUUUUCACUUCUUCUUUUAAAUCCUUUUUCUAACGAUUUCGUUAAUGCUCAAGUUUCUUUUAGAGUUUUUAAGAAUUUCGACUAUAGUAAAAACUAUUUUUUCAAACUAGCUUUUGAGAAAGAAAACUACUGUUUCCUAAAAUUUUAAUAUAUUUAAACUUUAGUUUUUAAAACUGAUAUUCGUGCCAGUGUUAUAUGCCAGUGUAUAUAUAUGUUUUACCAAUUUAGUUAAUGGGAUUUGUGGCCAGUUCGUUGAAGGUUAAAAUUAAUGUAAAUAUGACUUCUAUGUUAUUAGACAAGCUAUUUGGUAUCUAUUUUAAGUUGCAUCAAGUUGCUAGAGUUGCUUGCAGUAUUUUCUUCUUUUCGUUUAAAAUGGUUGCCAUUAUGGAGAGAUUGACGUGGUUUCCACAAAUAUGUGAGUUAAAAUUUGUACCUUUUCUUUUUGAUAUGUUUGUGACGAAAAAGCUCAAAAAUUAUUUCUCAUCAGCUAUUAUUUGUCUAUUAGUACAAUAUAUUCUGUUAUAAAAUAUUUGAGAAAAUAAUGACUACCAGAAAUAAUCAGUGUAUUAUCUUGUCUUAUACUAUUUAGUUAUUUUCUUCUUAUCACGCUUUGUUGACAAAUAAUUUUUUUUAUUAAAAUAUAUAAACUUAUAUAAACUGGUGACAAAAAUUAUGAUCUCUUAACCCUUGCAAUAGAAAGCCUUGUAAGUUUAAAAAAAACGAUAUGAUAUAGUCGAAUAUUAUAUUGAAAAAACGCAACAUUUAAAAUUGUUUAGAAAUAUUUACCAAACAGCAGGUUAUCGUAACAUUAUUAUAUUUGGAAUCUUAAGUAUUUAUUUUAGUUUUAAGGCCAGUUAAUUGAGUCAUAUUAGUUAGGAUUGUACUAGAAUAAUUCUUAUUUUGUAAUUUAUAAUUAGAUUGUGUUUUGGUUUGAUUUGUGUUAAUGUUUCGUUGUUUGUUUUUCAUUUUGUUGGAGAUUUUAUACUUUUAUACAUUUUUGUAUUGCUCAUGUCAAUAUCAUAGUUGAAUGCUCAUUAUAAAU